AUGGCUCCAUUGAAGCUUACGGCGCCACUGCCAGCACUACCUAAGGUUAGGCAAUACGGGCGCCGCCGAGAAGGCCUCGUCUUUGUCCUUCUCCUGGCUUUUUUCUUCAUCUACAAGUCUGCCUUUAUAGAUGUUGUAGGUAGUUUUCUCAAGAUUGCCGGCCAUGCACAGACAUGCGGGCCCCCUGAUGCCGAAGCUCGACAUAUUGCUCCAUUGGCCCAGACCAUACCUUCCGGCGAUCGUCUGGCCAUGAUCGUUGAGAGCAAUGCCUCGCGGUCGCCCAACUUGAUCCCCAUCAUGCUGCACUUUGCCACCGUCCUGGGACCUGCCUGGUCGGUCGUGCUGUUCACGCUCGAAGAACACUGGGAGGUGCCCAGCUCGCCCGCAUUCGCGCGGGCGGUUCAGCGGCGACAGAUUGAGGUGCGGUAUCUGCCACCCGCCACAGAGCUAAUGAACAGCCGUAACGUCUCGACUUUUCUGACCCGGCCGUGGAUCUGGGAGCAGGUCGGCUCGGCGCGUCGGGUGCUUAUGUUUCAGUCGGACAGCGUCAUAUGCUCGCGGGCCGCGAACACCGUCGAGGACUUUUUUGAGUAUGAUUUUAUCGGAGCACCGGUGGACGCGAAAUAUGGAGUGGGUUAUAGCGGGGGGUUAUCGCUUCGAAACCCAAAGUUUUUCCUAGCCGUCACGAGGGAGGCAGAUGUUCAGAGGAGCCCUGAACAGCAUGAAGACGAGUGGUUUUAUACGGAGGCAAGGCGACGUGCUGACCAGGGUGUUACGCUACCGACUCAACGUGUCGCCGGACAAUUUUCUGUCGGGUCGAUCUAUUAUCCAAAGCCAUUGAGCUAUCACCAGCCAGGACGUUGGCAGCAUGACAAGAUGAAAGAAAUUAGGGACUGGUGUCCUGAAGUGGGUAUUCUGACAGAACAUCGCGUAGUAUGA